CAAUUUUCGUAAAAGAUCAACAAAAAUUUGAAAAAUGCCAAAUUCAAGACGAAGAAAAUUUUCAGUUCAGAAUGAAGUGGCACGAAAAAACCUAUCCAAGGGAGGUACAAUCACGGCAAAUAGUUCAUCUUCAAAUUCGUCACUGAAAAACAAUAAAACAACAAACAAAGGUCUUCAAAACCGCUCAGUAGCAUUAGAACCGAUGGCGGUCGUGUUAGAAUGUGAUAACUGUUCGACCCCUUCACAAAUAAAAAAAAAGAAUAAACUUGGCCCUGUUGACUCAAGUACCAUCAAACUCAAUAGCCUAAGCACAUCUACAUACAACGUAUCAGUAGAAUCAAACCAACCUACACCACAGUUCACGCCAGUGCCAUCUAAACGGGAGACAAUAAAUAGAAACCGACGGGAGCCGACACAUCAGCCACGAGCAAGAGUCCGCAGUCCCAAACAUAGCUUGGUUGUCUUUGAUACACCAAAUACAGAAAUAUAUAAGUCAGUUGACUUAAGUCCUACCAAACCCCAUAGUUUUAAGGCUGUUAUAGACUCUGCAUCCUUAGAAUUGUCGCACCCUACAUCGCAAUUGUCUCCACCCUCAUCUAAACGAGAGACAACGGAUAGAGCCCGUCGGGAGCAACGGCAUCCACAUCGAGCAAGAAUUCGCAGUCCAAAGCAUAGCUUAUAUGUCUUUAACACCCCUAGUAUAGAAAUUCACAAAGUAGUAGAUAUUGGGACAAGUGUAGACGUUGGUAUAGACUCUUGUAUGGAGACAGUCGGGACCAACGUGAUUGACUGGGCGCAAGAAACUCGAGAUUGGGCCCAAGAAAUCCAAGUUUAUACUGUGAACACGUCGGAAUUAGAGAUGUUAGAGUUGGAACAGGAGAGCGAUCAUUCGUUGGAUGAUAUGUGUAGAAUCUGUCACAGUGGGGAUUGUUUAUCUCCGGAGCUCGGGCGGCUGGUGUCAGCCUGCAAUUGCCGGGGCACGGUGGGACGCGUCCACGUGCGAUGUCUAGAGCGAUGGCUUACUGAGUCCGGCAAGUCGCGCUGCGAACUCUGUGGGACGCGAUACCAUACGCGCCGCGUGCAUCGCUAUGGAGUGCUUAAAGCGCUCGUCAUGUGGUUCAUGAGCCAGAACGCUAAACAGCUCAUGGUGGACAGUCUCGGGAUUAUGCUUAUGUCCCCGCUCGCAGUGCUGGCCGCGUGGCUGUCCGGCCGCACCCUAGCUGGACUGAUGACGCAGGAGAGCCAAGUCACGCCUUGGCCUCUGGCUUCCACGUUUGUGCUCGCCUGCAUGACUUUGGUAUGUUAUUACUGCUGGAUCGUUUCGGCUGCGACACGGCAUGCCCUCGGCUGGUGGAUCUGGUAUCGUUCGCAGUACGAAGUCCGUCUAGAGUUGCAAGAUGAAGAAUGAUAUAGGCGUAUCAAUGAUGUGGCGUAU